AACCCAGUGACAGGGCUUUGGUAAUUCAGCCCUGUAACUGGGAGUCAUAACAUAAACAAUCCCAGGAGCACCUGGCAGAAGAAGAUAGAAUAUGCCUGGGAACUUGGGGCCGAAAGUAUAAACAAUUAUAAUUGGUCUAGUGUGUGAAAAUGGUAGUAAUGUGAUAUUGGGGGUGGGACUUGAUGAUGAUAUUUACGUGUGGUGUUACGUAGCAUCAAAAGUUAUAAAAAUAGUUGUAUGUAAACAUUGGGUCAUUCCUGACUUUUCCAAAGUCAUGUGUUCUUCAAUAAAGAUUGGAUUUGAGAGCAGCCAUCUCUGAUCUGCGUUCAGACUGAUCCUUUGAAGUGAGCAGGACAAUUAAGUCAGGAAUCCAGUUCUCACCCUCCUGCAAAUUUGCAGUGAAGUGAUAAUGAGCAGGGAAGGAGAUCAAAGCCAUGACGGAGCAAAGGGGCCUCCGCUGGGAGCUCUGCCGUUGGCAGAAGAGACAUUGCAAGCCAUAGCUUCCUCUACGGGGUACCCCAAGCCGGACGGCGUGACCCAGAGGAUUCCCAGAGGGGGAAGAGGCGUUCCAGCGGCGGCAGAAACCAGUUGGGGAUCUGGAGGAAGCAUGCCGGAGACCGUGGCCCAGCGGUUAUCCAUCCUGGAAACUCAUUUAUCCAGGCUGUCGGAUACCGUGGGGAGAAUAGUGCCAAUAUUGGAAGAGAAUCUCCAAAAAGAGCACAUCCGACAUGGCGCCGAGAGAGAGCCAAGCAAAGGAGGCGAUUGGAGCCAGAGGGGACAGCGAGCUUCAACGCAGAGUCCCGCGGCGGCAAGGGACGAGGGAGACGAGGAAUAUUGGCAGGAGCUGGAGUUCAGAGACAGAAUGGCACGCGAAGUGGAGCGCCAGCGAGCUCUGGGAACUCUGAGGCCGCCAUCUCCAACAGAGCUCCCAACCCCCCGGAUGGGCGUCGGAGUGGAAAGACCACUGGGGCCAGGGAUCGGGUCCAGUGGAUUAGCAGACGAAGGCGGAGAGGAGCAGGAGAUCCAGGAAGAGGAGGAGGAUGUGCAGUACGACGGGGAAAGGCGAGAUGCGGGGGCUACAGCGAGGCCAGUAUGCGGAUGGGGGGAAGGGCCGACAGCGGCGGCAGGAUUUCGGGAGCCGCGCAGAAUAACCACCGGAGUGGGGCGCGGCGUGAUCCAAGGAAACCCGAUGCAACCCUUCCCCAUGCCUCCCAGACAGCAUCAACGGGCCGCUGAAUGGAUGCCAAGAAGGGAAGAUCUCAAGCUAGAAUACGGAGGGGAAUCAGCCGAACUGAACUUUUUUCUAAUUAGCAUCAGGGGAUACAUGGAAGACAAUGCACACACAUUCCCCUCCGAAGCAAGCAGGGUUCGGGCCAUCGGCAACACACUAAAGAGAGGAGCGGCCAGCUGGUAUGUGCAACUACAUGCCAGACAGGACCCAUGCCUGAGGUCAGUGCCCCGCUUCCUCGCCGCACUGGAAAACCGGUUCAGAGACCGGCUAGAGCAAUUGAGAGCUCGAGACCAGCUUAGAGGAAUAAAGCAGAGGGACAAAACGGUGCCCGAGUACGCAGAGGAAUUCCUCCACCUCGCGGAAAGGGUACCAGAGUGGUCUGAAGUGACCAAAGUGGAAUUAUUUAAAGAGGGACUACGCCCCGAGAUUUUCAGCUGGGCAGCGCACAGAGAUGACCCCGAAACGCUCCAGGGAUGGAUUCAACUAGCGGGGCGCGUUGAAUCCACCCUGGCCCAAGUAAAGCGCUUCAGGAGCAGCGGCGGCCAGCAAAGACCGGUGGCGAGAGGUCGAGGAGAAACGAGGAAGCAGGAAAGACCCGGAGGGAGGCCGGGGAUUCCCUCCAGAGGAGACGACAACAAACCUAAACCGGGAUGCUUUGUAUGUGGGAAGACGGGCCAUCGAGCAGCAGAAUGCUGGGCACGGAAGGGGGAGCCGCCAAAACCCUCAAAGCCCAAGCCAGCAACCGGGAGGCGUGCGGAGGAGGAGGUGCGAGCCCCAGAAUCUUCAGAAAAAUUGGCUUGUGAUGAAAGAAGAACCGAAGAGGAGGACGAAGAAAAGGAGGGCACCAUGUCAUGGAACCCAGUUACAGGGCUUUGGUAAUUCAGCCCUGUAACUGGGAGUCAUAACAUAAACAAUCCCAGGAGCACCUGGCAGAAGAAGAUAGAAUAUGCCUGGGAACUUGGGGCCGAAAGUAUAAACAAUUAUAAUUGGUCUAGUGUGUGAAAAUGGUAGUAAUGUGAUAUUGGGGGUGGGACUUGAUGAUGAUAUUUACGUGUGGUGUUACGUAGCAUCAAAAGUUAUAAAAAUAGUUGUAUGUAAACAUUGGGUCAUUCCUGACUUUUCCAAAGUCAUGUGUUCUUCAAUAAAGAUUGGAUUUGAGAGCAGCCA